CUUUGUCAAUUUCUGAGCUUGCAUUAGAACGCCUCGUUGUUUCCCACGCUUGGAAAGAAGUUAACAGGCUUUUAUCUGAGGUUCGGAAGAGAGAGGGCACCUACAGAAGAGAAAAUCAUAGAAGCUUAAUCUUUUUGGAUUUCCCUGCAAGUCGAGUGGGACCCGCCAAAUUAACGGGGAAGAGCAGUGACCGCGAGCCAUCUGGAAUCGAAAAGGCUACCGCAGCGACUGUUACAAUCAGGCGCGCAACAUUGUUGCAGUGUGACUGCUCGAGCGCGAACAAGGGAAUAACACACAUCUAGCAAUGGUUUACAUGAGAGCAUUUUAUCAGACUUUUAUAUUAUUGUAAACGUAAACUUCGAAUUAAAUCCCGGGUGUUUAACAGGAAGGAAUACAAUAUAAUUUCUAAAAGGAUAAAGUAUGCCGGACCAAAUUACAGUGUCCGAGUUCAUGGCGGAGACAAAUGAAGAUUAUAAAGCGCCAACUGCAUCAAACUUCACCACUAGAAUGUCCCACUGUAGGAAUACCGUGACUGCUUUGGAGGAGGCGCUGGAUGUGGACCGCAGUGUGCUGUACAAGAUGAAGAAGUCAGUCAAGGCCAUCUACACCUCAGGUCUGGCCCAUGUGGAGAAUGAGGAGCAGUACACCCAGGCCCUCGAGAAGUUUGGGGAGAACUGUGUCUACAGGGAUGACCCCGACCUGGGCUCUGCCUUCCUAAAGUUCUCGGUCUUCACCAAGGAGCUCACCGCCCUCUUCAAAAACCUGUUCCAGAACAUGAACAACAUCAUCACCUUCCCUCUGGACAGCCUGCUGAAAGGAGACCUGAAAGGAGUCAAAGGGGACCUGAAAAAGCCUUUUGAUAAGGCCUGGAAAGACUACGAAACGAAAGUCACUAAGAUCGAGAAGGAGAAGAAGGAGCAUGCGCGGCAGCACGGCAUGAUCCGCACUGAGAUCAGCGGGGCAGAGAUAGCAGAGGAGAUGGAGAAGGAGAGGAGGUUCUUCCAGCUCCAGAUGUGUGAGUAUCUUCUUAAAGUGAAUGAGAUCAAGAUCAAGAAAGGGGUGGACCUACUCCAGAAUCUCAUCAAAUAUUUCCAUGCACAGUGCAAUUUCUUUCAGGAUGGGCUGAAAGCAGUAGACAACCUCAAACCCUCCAUAGAGAAGCUAGCCACAGACUUACACACGAUAAAGCAGGCCCAGGACGAGGAGAGGAAGCAACUCACUCAGCUACGGGACGUCCUCAAGUCAGCGCUGCAGGUGGAGCAGAAGGAGUCUAGGAGAGAGUCCCAGGUGAGACAGAGCGCCACCUACAGUUUGCACCAACCUCAGGGCAACAAGGAGCAUGGUACCGAGCGCUGUGGGAACCUCUACAAGAAGAGUGACGGGUUAAGGAAAGUGUGGCAGAAGAGAAAGUGUUCAGUAAAGAACGGAUACCUUACCAUAUCACAUGGGACGACAAACCGACCGCCGGCAAAACUCAACCUCCUCACCUGCCAGGUGAAACACAACCCAGAGGAGAAGAAGAGCUUUGACCUCAUCUCACAUGACAGAACGUAUCACUUUCAGACCGAGGACGACUCAGAAUGUCAGAUAUGGAUCUCUGUGCUGCAGAACAGUAAGGAGGAAGCGCUGAAUAAUGCUUUUAAGGGAGACCAGCACGUUGGGGAGAACAACAUCGUCCAGGAGCUGACCAAGGCCAUCCUGGGAGAGGUCAAGAGGAUGACCGGCAACGAUGUCUGCUGUGACUGCAGAGCGCCCAACCCCACGUGGCUUUCCACUAACCUGGGCAUCCUGACGUGUAUAGAGUGUUCUGGGAUCCACAGGGAGUUGGGAGUCCACUACUCCAGGAUCCAGUCCCUCACACUGGACGUCCUCAGCACCUCUGAACUCUUGCUGGCCAAGAACGUGGGGAAUGCAGGCUUUAAUGACAUCAUGGAGGCGUGUCUUUCUGCAGAAGAUGUGGUCAAACCCAACCCUGCCAGUGACAUGCAAGCCCGUAAGGACUUCAUCACAGCCAAGUACACAGAGAAGCGUUUUGCCAGAAGGAAGUGUCCAGACGGGGUGUCCAAGCUGCACACGCUCUGUGACGCAGUCAAGUCCCGGGACAUCUUCUCUCUGAUCCAGGUGUAUGCUGAGGGAGUGGACCUGAUGGAGCCCAUCCCCCUGGCCAACGGACACGAACAAGGUGAAACGGCCCUUCACCUAGCGGUCAGAUUAGUGGACAGGACCUCGCUCCAUAUCGUCGACUUCCUCACUCAAAACAGUGUGAACCUGGACAAACAGACAGCCAAAGGCAGUACAGCCUUACACUACUGCUGCCUGACUGACAACAUGGAGUGCCUCAAACUGCUCCUGCGCGGCAAGGCCUCCAUUGACAUAGCUAGUGAGUCUGGGGAGACGCCGCUGGACAUCGCUAAGAGACUGAAGCACCUGCAGUGUGAGGAGCUGCUGAACAUGGCGCUGGCGGGGAAGUUCAACGCCCAUGUGCACGUAGAGUACGAAUGGCGUCUGCACCAUGAAGACAUGGACGAGAGUGAUGAGGACCUGGAUGACAAGGUGAGGCCCAGCCCCCAUCGGAGAGAGGAGCGCCCUGCCAGCUGCUACACCCCUGGCUCCAACUCCCACCUCCAGCCCAGCCCGGCUUCCCUGGCACGGGACAAGCAGCGUGGUGGGUACAUGCCCAACCUAGUCACCAACGAGACCUAUGGUGCCAUCCUCAACGCCAGCCCUCCUGCGCCAGGGGGGCCCGCCACCACCUCUGCACCCCCUCUGCCUCCACGAAACAUAGUCCAGAUGCCAGGUCUGUGUGGGAUGGUCCAGUCAUCAAGGUCUUCUGGGUGGAAGCCUGGCUCGAUAGACCUGGGGGGCCGACAGAGGUCCUCCUCAGACCCCCCCAACAUGCACCUCCCGGUACCCCCCAUGCGGGUCACCUCAACCACUGGUCUUGCUCCUCCCCCCGUGGCCAAGACAGUGAGUGUGAUGGAGGCUAUGAACCAGCAGUCUAAACCAGGGACCGGACAUGGCCACAGCAGAGCCCCACCACCCAAGUCUCCAUCUGGCAACGCCAAAAGCUUCAGCAAAGGACCGACUCGAACGGGGUCCAUCGAAAGACCAGCUAAGGAAGUGCCGGGAUGCCCCCAGAACUCGAUAGGUCAAUCACUGCCUCCGGCCCCCAUGCCUAGGAAGACCUAUCCGAAGCAGAGGCCCAAGCGAGUAAAGGCCAUCUAUAACUGUCUGGCAGACAACCCAGACGAGCUGACCUUCUCUGAGGGAGAGGUGAUUGUGGUGGAUGGGGAGGAGGACCAGGAGUGGUGGCUGGGCCACAUUGAAGGAGAACCAAUGAGGAGGGGGGCUUUCCCCGUCACAUUCAUACACUUCAUCAUGGACUGAAGGUCAAAGGUCAACACAGGCACUGAUCUGGGAGGGAAACCUCCACCUCCCCACGUCUGCUGGUUUGUGGGACGAAAUCAUCAUGUUCAUCAUCAAGCUUGUGCCUGCGCUAACACUACAGAAUAAUCAAGUGUCGCUGCCCAAUGCUUUGGCUGGACAGUCUGGGGGUUGCCAUGACAACAUGCACACCCUUCAAUCCGGGAAUGUUACGUGACGUCAUAUCACUGCUCUUUAGACCAAGCCCGCAAAUGCUCAUGAGGAAACUGUGUUUAGACUUCUGACACCAUCUGACAUUUUAAAAAACAAUGAUUGUAAUGAGUGUUCACAACAUUAAGAGGAUUAUUGACAAAAUGAAGGUUCUGUUCAUACGUUUCACUUGGUUUUCCUCUGUGUGAAUUGUACAGAAAGUUAUUUAAAAACAACUGAGAGAGGGGACUACACACAGUAAUGUGGAUCUUUAGGAUUUCUUUCACUUAUGGUUAAUGUGAAUAUAGUCGUUAUGCUUACAUUCCACCUCCUUGCAUUGUUAAAGGGUGAACCAUUUUUUAAACGCAUAAUUGCUUAGUAGUCAAAGACAUGUAAACUUUUUAGGACUUCCAAUGUGGGUGGAAAAACUUCAUUCAAAAUGGUGCUAACCCAGGAAUAUGCUAGGAGCCCUCACAUAGGGAUGAUCCACUGUCCCCAUCUCAAGACAGCCUGUAACGUGGUAACAACAGGGGUUGAUGUGGGACAGCCUGUAACGUGGUAACAAUGGGGGGUUGAUGUGGGACAGCCUGUAACGUGGUAACAACGGGGGGGUUGACGUGGGACAGCCUGUAACGUGGUAACAACGGGGGGUUGACGUGGGACAGCCUGAAACAUGGUAACAACAAGGGAUUGAUGUGGGACAGCCUGUAACAUGGUAACAACGGGGGAUUGACGUGGGACAGCCUGAAAUGUGGUAACAACGGGGGAUUGAUGUGGGACAGCCUGUAGCGUGGUAACAACGGGGGCUUGACGUGGGACAGCCUGUAACAUGGUAACAACGGGGGGGGGGGGUGACGUGGGACAGCCUGUAACAUGGUAACAACGGGGGGGGGGGUUGCGUGGGACAGCCUGUAACAUGGUAACAACGGGGGGGUGACGUGGGACAGCCUGUAACAUGAUAAGAACAGGAGAUUGAUGUGGGACAGCCUGUAACGUGGUAACAACGGGGGGUUGAUGUGGGACAGCCUGUUAGUGGUAACAACGGGGGGUUGAUGUGGGACAGCCUGUAACGUGGUAACAACGGGGGGUUGAUGUGGGACAGCCUGUAACGUGGUAACAACGGGGGUUUAUGUGGGACAGUCUGAAACGUGGUAACAACAGGGGAUUGAUGUGGGACAGCCUGUAACGUGGUAAUGAUGGUUUUCUAGGAGUAUAUGUAAACCUCCAUUGAUCACACCUAGGAGAACCCAGGCUCACUACCGUGUGUGCGUGCGCACGUGCAUAUCAGCUUGAAACCAUAUCAGUUACUUACAGCACAUUGUCUUCAUAUCGAUGGUCUACAGUGUGAUGCCAUUAUAAACAGGAUGGUUCGAGCCCUGAAUGCUGAUUGGCUGACGGCCGUGGUAUAUCAAACUGUAUACCACGGUAUGACAAAACAUGUAUUUUUACUGCUCUAAUUACAUUGGUAAUCAGUUUAUAAUAGCAAUAAGGUACCACUGGGUUUGUGGUAUAUGGCCAAUAUAAUACAGCUGAGGGCUGUAUCCAGGCACUCCGUGUUGCGUCAUGCUUAAGAACAGCCCUUAGCCAUGUUAUAUCAGCCAUAUACCACACCCCCUCGGGCCUUAUUGCUUAGUUAUAAAAUUGAUAACUAUCUUAGCUCCAUAGAUCACACUUAAGAUGUGAACCUCCAUCGCUCUGUGGCUAAUCUUUGGGUGUAGCCCUCAGGCCUUCACACUCUACUUUUUGUUGUUUGCUGCAGAGCAGGAAAUGUGUCUGUCCUCUCAGCAGGACAGGCAGCAGGAGAGGUGAGGUAAGGGGGACAGAAGUGUGUGUGAAAGCCAGUGGUCCGGUUUCUGUUUGAUCUCUGACAGACAGCAGAGGGGUUUAUGAAGCUCUUGGGGUGAUGGCUCCUGAUGUCCUGUGCCUUUUAUCUGUCAUGGACAGCAGGCUACCAAAUGGCUCUCACACAGAGGUAGAUGUGGUCGACACACACAGUUGUCAUUGUACUAAACACAACUUGUCCUGUGAUGAGGUGCCAUUGUAAGGGGGAUGGCACUGCUGGAUUACAGUUAAGGACAAUGCAGCUACUUUUUACACACUUUCUCUCUCUCUCUCACAUUCCUACUAUCGUAUUAAAUCUGAUUCAUAGUGCUCAGGACUAAAUUGUACCAUAUUACACAACUUGAUUACUAGCUUGGGACCACAGUAGUUGCAGACUACCCAUGUUUUAUAUACAUACUAGUUCCUGUACUGAACAGACAUGUUUAAUUUAAUAUUCCUACAUUUUAUGUUGUUUGGUUUUGGUUGCAGAGCAACUCUCUGUACAUGUUUUGACAUUUAAUCUUAAAUGGGACAUACAGUUCCCUCGAUUGUGAAUAAACUUCGAUAGGCGACGAGGUGUCGCAUGUGAAAAUGUACAUGACAAGCCUCCCCAUAUUAACUCACUGGAAAUAGAAUGGUUAAUCUGUUAAUGUACAUUUUGUUUGUUGAUAUUUAAAUAUAAAAGAAGAAUUAAUAACCUUGGCAGUAACUGUCUCAAUCAGGGCUGGGGUCAAUUUCAAUUGAAGGCAGUCAAUUCAGGAAGUGAUUUUAAUUUAAAAUAAGAAAAUAUAAAAUGUUUGAAAUAGCUUUUAUUCCUCAUUUUAUUGAGAAGUCAUUGACAAUAGAAGCUGUUUUUUUUCUAAACUUUUUUGUUAUUUAAGUUAACUUCAAUUCAAAUUUUCCUCAGCCCUGCUCUUAAUGCAUUGUGGUAAAGUGCGGUUGCCAUAUUGUGUUUUAGCUGGUGUUCAGUGUGUAUGUAGACUAGUAGAGAAUCUAUUCCAUUCACGCUCAUUGACUGUGGAUCAGUACAUUGACUCUGACCUAUUCUGCAAAAUAAAUGGAAAACAAACUGGAAUAAUAA